AUGGCUACUCUCGCUUCCUCCUCCCUCAUCCCUUCUUCGCUCUGCUUCUCCGCCGCCUCCGCCGAUGGUCCUCCGUCCCUCUCUUCUAAUUUUUCCGCCUUUUACGACGGAGGUACCAAUCUCAGGUAUCACAAGAGUUUCUUAUCCGUCUCAUCUUCUUCCUCUAAUCGAAAUCGACGGGGAUUCUCUCGCCGUUCCGUCGUCGUGUUUGCUGCUUCCGGAGACUACUACUCUACUCUCGGUGUGCCUAAAUCUGCUAAUUCCAAGGAGAUUAAAGCUGCGUAUCGACGCCUGGCUCGUCAGUACCAUCCCGAUGUCAACAAGGAACCUGGAGCAACCGAGAAGUUCAAGGAAAUCAGUGCUGCCUAUGAGGUGCUAUCAGAUGACCAAAAGAGAGCAUUAUACGAUCAAUAUGGCGAAGCCGGAGUCAAGAGUACAGUAGGAGGAGCUUCUGGUACUUACACGACAAAUCCCUUUGACCUUUUCGAGACAUUCUUUGGUGCGAGUAUGGGAGGAUUUCCUGGCAUGGACCAAGCUGAUUUUGGGAGAACCCGCCGCAGUAGGGUUAUCAAAGGUGAAGAUUUGCGGRGAGUUUGUACUAGAAACCAAUGCAUUUAUAGACGAAGGGAUCUCUUCUUUAUUCUCUGGUAUGACAUCACCUUAGAACUCUCGGAGGCUAUUUUUGGUUCCGAGAAAGAAUUUGAUCUUACGCAUCUGGAGACAUGCGAAGCUUGUGCUGGCACCGGGGCGAAAGCAGGAUCCAAGAUGAGAAUAUGCUCCACUUGUGGUGGGCGGGGUCAAGUUAUGAGAACUGAGCAAACACCAUUUGGCAUGUUUUCACAGGUUUCUGUAUGUCCAAACUGUGGUGGAGAUGGUGAGGUAAUAUCGGAAAGUUGCCGGAAAUGCUCUGGAGAAGGACGUGUGCGUAUAAAAAAAAGCAUCAAAGUCAAAAUUCCGCCAGGAGUUAGCGCAGGUAGCAUCCUUAGAGUUGCCGGAGAAGGUGAUUCUGGUCCCAGAGGUGGCCCUCCAGGAGAUUUGUAUGUAUAUCUUGAUGUUGAAAAUGUCCGAGGAAUUCAAAGGGAUGGCAUAAACCUUUUAUCUACCCUUUCGAUCAGUUACCUAGAGGCUAUACUGGGUGCGGUUGUUAAGGUGAAAACAGUUGAAGGAGACACUGAACUGCAGAUACCUCCGGGUACUCAACCUGGUGAUGUGCUGGUCCUGGCAAGGAAAGGUGUGCCAAAAUUGAAUAGACCGUCUAUCCGUGGUGACCAUUUGUUCACAGUCAAAGUUAAUAUACCAAAUCAAAUAAGUGCUGGAGAGCGGGAGUUGCUGGAGGAACUUGCAUCUCUGAGUGACACAAACAGCAGCCGGACACGAACUCGUGCUAAGCCUCAGCAAUCCGCUACUGUAAGCACUGCACCCCGUAGCUCAGAAAACAGGACGACAGAUGAAGUUAGUGAGACAAACCAAGAACUGGAGCAAGAAAACGACUUGUGGAAGAACAUCAAGGAUUUUGCAGGAUCGGUGGCAAAUGGAGCUCUGAAAUGGCUGAGAGAUAACCUGUAG